CCGAUAAACAAUCGGAGAAUCCAAGAACAAUGUGUAACCUUUUUGGUGACCGUAAGACCAUGCAACGCCGAAGUGGUCAAAUAAGUGAUGCUUCCUGUCACGUAUUCCAUAGUAAUAGCGAGUGACGCCGAUAGCAUCACACUGAGCUCUUAUUCUAAAUACUGUACCUUCAUUCUUAGCCAUGAGUUUGGUAAGACCAGAGGUUUCUAACGACUUAGCCAUGUCAUUGGCUAAAUCUUUAUUUGGUUUUUCACAUAUUUCGAAGCUCAAAGAACUGGAAAGUUUCUCGGACCGAAAUUUUUACAUCAAAGGAACGCGAAUUCAUAAUGAUCAACCGGGCGAGUUUGUGCUCAAAGUUUUAAAUUCCUUGGACAGCCAAGAAAAAGAACAAUUAGAUGCUGAAAUAAAAGCUUCGGAAUUCUUGAGAGAAAGAGGCUUUCCCUGUCCUGAAAUAUUUAGCGUCGUAGGAGCAGACGAUAAAAUGCCACAUGUAAAACUAGCAGACGGCAGUCCACGAGAAAUUUCCAAGACAGCUGGUUGUGUUGUCAGAUUGAUAGCUUUUCUUCCUGGAGACGUAGUCGAUUCUUUGGAGAGAAAUCCUGAACUAAUGUUCACGAUUGGAAAGCUUGUUGGAGCUUUAAGCCUACAGUUCAAGGAUUUCUCGCACCCUGGAUUGAAAUCAAGGUCAGAACAAAAUUUUCGAUGGGAUGUAUUGGAAAUUAUGAAUCUUGAAAAAUACAUGGUAAGCUUGACAGAUGAAUACCAAAUACACUUGUUUCGAGAAGUGCAAGAAUCAUUCGUGUCCAAAGUUAAACCCAAAUUGGGGGAAUUCCGGCGAGGCGCUGUCCACAACGACUUGAGUGGCGAAAACUUACUCGUAUCAAAGCCGCCAUAUACCGUUACUGGGGUAGUUGACUUCGGAGAUACGAUGGAGUCAGUCCUGAUUAGUGAGCUUUCAAACGCGAUGGCAUUUUUUAUGAAAGGCGACCGCGGAAUAGAAUUUAGCGGUUACAUUUUGGCUGGCUACCAGUCCGUUUUUCCGUUGUCCAGACAUGAACUGGAGUUGUUGUAUUACUUUGUCGCAGCACGUCUAACUCAGAUAGCGCUGCAUUCACAAUGUAAUGUAAUUAAGCAGCCAGAUGACAAGUCAAUGCAGGCCUGCUUGAACAAGUAUUUCAGUACAAUAAGGUCAUUCUGGAGCCGUUCCAAGGAAGAUGUUGAGAAAAUAUGGCACGUCUGCGAAGAAAAGCUCAGGAAUUCGAUAAAAAAUAAUCAACCAUUGAACAAGUGAUAGGAUACAUAUGUUAGGACCUAUCAAAAUUGACCUCUUCGGCGCUAGGUGUCACGUGGUAUAAAUCGUGUUGAAUUGCGUUACGGUCACCAAAAAGGCCGGACAUUGUUCUUGGACUUCCGUACAAAUGUACUGACUUUUGAGCAAAUUAUUUGGUUUGUUAAACUGUUUCUCUAAAAAGCAGUAAGACAAGCUUCAAUCAAAUUAGAAAAAAUGGUAUUUUGCUUGUAUUUAUGACGCUAACUCAACAAAUCAGGUAAAUAAAUUGUUUAAAAGUCAGUACAUUCGUACCGAAAGCCGAGAAUUGAAUGUCCGAACUCUUUGGUGAUCGUACCACAACCCAAUAAAAUUUAUACCACGUGAUGGCUAGCGCCGGAGUGGUCAAUUAUCUACGGCAAUGGCACCACCAAUAGUCCCUUUUAUAUUGGGCAUAAUGCGUUCCCAUUUCAGACCAUGUGUUCCCAAAGUCAGUAUUGAUUUUUUGAUUAACAGUUGCGCAUAAGAAGACACGUGAACUAAAUAGAUAUAACUCAAAUAAAGAAUCUUAUAAUUAAGAGAUUGACACGUGGUCUGAAAUGACCAACGUCACGCCCAAGCUAAAGAGUUGAGGUCUAGCUCAAGAGGUCCCUGUUAGCCUCGCUUUCAGUUGUUUGCGUCCAAAGAAGACUUUAUUUUUUAAUAGAUUAUUUGUUGUAUGGACGGCGGAAGAAUAUCCAUAUUUUUAUCAUAAGUAAAAGCAUACAAUGGA